UUUCCUGAAAUUUUGGUUCCGAAUGAGUAGGUAGAUUGAAGGUACUUUUGUUUAUAAAGCAGGAUAUUACAAUAUAGCCAUAUAUAGCCUCCAUACAUAUCCUGUUGGUGUACGAGAAUAGGUAUCUAUUAAUAGUUACAUAUACAUUUACUUGCAAAGUUGCAAUAUCAUGUGAAUAGCCUCACCAAAUCAGUAAGUACCUAGGUACGUUUCUCAGUAUCAGAUAUGGAAUGAAUGAUACACAUGAAUAUUUUGGAUGUGAAAAUAACAAGUUUUGCAUUAAAGUUAAAUUAUUGCCUCAAUCGUGGUUGUUACCUGUAGCUCUCUUGCUAGUUACAUCUGCGCCAGUUCUCAUCAAGUCGCAUACCUGUGUGUUGUGAUGAGAUUGUUAUUAGUAGAUCUAAGCGAGGCACAGGGAUUCCCCGAGUAACCGCGUUUGAUCAAUUAUAAUUGCUUUUCAGUCUAACUCUAUCAACAUCAUCCUCAACAUAAGUGGAAUCCACAUAAACACAUUUUUAUUGGAUAUUAAAUUUGUUUUAGAAAUGAAACUAUUUUCAUACCAUUAGUUACACAUAUCACGUACCUGCCAAUUAAAUAAAAAGAUCAUCACAUUAAUGGAGUUGAUGUACCUAAAUGGUUUCAAAAGAUUUGCUUCCGGCCCCUACAACGAGUUAAUAUAACAAUCCACUUCAUCACCAUUAAAUUCACAAGUACAGCAAUGAUUUCACUGGGUAGACUGAUUUAUAUUUUUAUUACGUGUAAUUUUAUCGUUUUCGGAACUUCAAAAGUUGUGGAGUAUGAGGGUCUGUUCAACUCUACUCUUGAGGCAGAAAUAUCGGCUCGGCUUAGGCAUGUCUGUUUGCAGUUGUCGAAUGCGUUGUUCUAUGAUAGACAGUUCGUGAAGGACAUUAUCUGGACUGGAGUUUACUAUUGGGGAGACAUCAUGCAGUACAAGUGUUUUAACGUUAAGUUUAUAGUACCUUCGGCACAGGUGUUACAAGACACAUACUUCGAGAUGCACGACCAGCUCGAGUCUCCGCCGAUGGACUGGAACGUGGCGGAGCUGCACAUGAUCUUCAAAGACAAAUACAACACCAACGAGAUGAUUCUCUACACUAACCCGGAGAAGCGGCGCGGGCAAUUUGACGCAGUCCCGCGAUACAAGUUUCAACCUGUCGAUGGUACUCCGGAGUCAGCCCACACCCCCACGGUGGACCUUCGCCUUCAAGUGCUGCACACGUCUAGUGACCGCUGCAAGAGAGUGCAGUUCCUGUUCCUCCUCAUGUGUGAUGUCGGGGUGGUGCUGAUGACCAAUGUGCAAGGAGAGUGCCCUGAUAUGGCGCUUAUACAGGAGGUGACCAGGAGUUUCAGCAUGCCGCGCGGACACUGGACCUGCAUCGACUUCGUGCACGAGAAGAAGUUGGACUUCACCCUUCUUCCGGAGCAUUAUACCUGAUAGAGGAGAAAGACAAGGAAAGAUAAGAAUGUCCCUUAAGCUGCGUACAGACCGGCCCAACGAACGCCCAACGAUGGAUAUUUUUCAUACGUAUUACAAGGCAAAUUGCAGCAACGAAGGUCAACGAAACCCGUUCGUUGGCGUUCGUUUGGCCGGUCUGUACGCAGUUUUACAGGAAAUUACUAAAAGAGUGGCAAAUAAUGAUUUUUAACUAAUGAGACAUAA